AUGCCGCAUACAAAGCGGGAGUGCUACGACCGAACCCGACUCUACUUCCUCGUGUACCUAUGUGACCAUCACUGCUCUCUCAGCCACGGCAAGCUUCCCCUCACGCGAGACUUUCAGCUGCUGAAGAAACCUCGCGUCUUUCUCGAAAGUGGAUUCGCAUCGGAGGCUGAUCAGAGGCUGAUCAGCCAAGUCGAGCUCUGGUCCAUCUUCAACCGCGUGUUCGACAUAUUCGGGGGUGACAUCGACCGAUGCAUUGCCACCCAAAGACUUGCAGAGAUAUCUUGUCUGGACGACUUGUAUGAGCAGUGGCACAGUGAGUGGCUUGAAGGUCUCAAGUUUGAUACACACAAGACCGAGCCUGCUAGACGCAUAUUCGAUUUGUACUACCACGCCGCAAAGUUAUACCUCUUUUCGCAUGUCUUCCGAGGCCAGGCGCGAGAAGAAUUGGAGCUUGCAAGCGAAUCGCCCGGGGGUCCCAACGAUUUUGCACGCCGCGCAUUGGAACAUGCGCUAUCUGUAGUGUGCAGCGUCACAAACGAGCCGAGAGACCGACUGCAGAACCUGCCCUGCUAUAUUGGAGCGGUCAUUGCAUUCGCUUCCGUGUGCCUUGUCAAGGCGGCCAACUGGCAAAGUCGAGCCACUUGCGAGAACGACGAGGUCGAUAUCCAAGGCCAUCUGCGCCACUUGAUUCGAGUCCUUCAGCCUUCAGCAGGCGAAGAACAGACCGUUCAUCCCUUGUUGGGCAUUGCGAGAAGUCUGGAAGCGGUCAUGGCCGGAGCGCAACAGUUUGAUCACGAGAGGCAUGUGAUUCAAGACUUGAGCGGCCUGCUAGGCUUCGAUUUUGGCAUGGACGGCUGCGGUGUCUUCAAUGGUGGCGACCUGGAGCAGACGGCGACGUUUUCUCUAUUUGAUGCGACAUAG